GCGGCGGGCAGGCUUCCUGCGGCCGCCUUUGCACUGACCCCGGCAUGGUGAGCGCGGCCCGGGGGGGCUGCCCGGGGGUGGGGCUCAUCCAGGCUGUCCGGGAGGGUGCACGCAUGGGGGGCGGUGAUGGGGGUGCAGGUGGUGGUGAGCCUGCUGGCCGCCAGCCUCAUGCAGAAGAUGGCCCCGCACUGCUCCUUCGCUCGCUGGCUGCUCUGCAACGGCAGCCUGCUCCGCUACAAGCACCCCUCGGAGGAGGAGCUCUGCGCCCUGGCAGGCAAGCAGCGCCCCAAGGCCAGGCGGGACAGGAGGAUGAACGGCGUGACAGAUGACAAGCCCCUCUCCGUGCCCCGGGACAUCGACCUCCGCCUGGACACCAGCCCCAUCACCGCCGUGGAUGCUCUCGUGCUGCGUUAUUUCCUGGACUACCAGUGGUUCGUGGAUUUUGCCGUCUACUCCACGGCCGUGUACGUCUUCACCGAGGGCUACUACUGCCUGGCGGACCCCCAGAAGGAGACGAACAUCGGCGUGCUCUGGUGCCUGCUGACGGUCGUCUUCUCCAUCAAGGUCUUCUUCAUGGUGAUGCGCCAUUACUUCCGCUCGGAGGAGGGAGGCGAGCGCUCCGUCUGCCUCACCUUCGCCUUCUUCUUCCUCCUCCUCGCCAUGGUGGCCCUGGUCAUCCGUGAGGACUACCUGGAGUUCGGCCUCGAGCCCGGGCUGGCCGGCGUCAGCAGCAACCUGGAGAGCAUCCUGAAGCAGCGGGGCUGGGAGUGGACGCUGCCCCUCGCCAAGCUGGCCUUCAAGGUGGGGCUGGUGGCCCUGUGCUCCUUCCUGGGCGCCUGCCUGACCUUCCCGGGGCUACGCCUGGCCCAGACGCACCUCGACGCUCUCCGGAUGGCGGCCGACAAGCCCCUGACCCAGUUGGGUGAAAUCUGCGGGGUCCUGCUCCACGUGAGUUUCCUGGCGCCCGUCCUCGUGGUGGUGAUGUGGAUCAAGCCCAUCUCGCGGGAUUUCCUGCUCCACGCGCCCAUGGGCAAGCAGACGGUGCAGAUCAUGUUGGACUCUGCCUACAACACCGCGCGCCUCUGGGCCAUCGUCGGCCUCUGCCUGUUGCGCCUGGCCGUCACCCGCCACCACCUCCAGGCGUACCUGGGCCUGGCCGAGCGCUGGGUGGAGCAGAUGAGGAAGGAAGCCGGGCGCAUCGCCGUCCUGGAGAUCCAGCGCAAGAUCACGAGGAUUUACUGCUACGUCUCCGUGGUCAGCCUGCAGUACCUGGGACCCAUCAUCCUCACCCUCCACUGCACCCUGCUCCUCAAGACGCUGGGACACCACUCGUGGGGGCUGUACCCAGAACCCCCUCCCCUCCCCCUGGCAGCGACGGCGGCACCACCACGUCCCGGCGGCGAGGACGGGGAGGACGUGCGCGUCGCGGUGGAGCAGAUCACGGGCAUCUUGGGUGGCAUCUUCACUCCCCUCUUCUUCCGCGGACUCUUUGCCUUCCUCACCUGGUGGGUGGCCGCCUGCCAGGUGGUCACCAGCCUUUUCGGCCUCUACUUCCACCAGUACCUGGCAGCCUCCUAACUGGGAGGAGCUGGGACAUGCCUUGGGGCGCAGUCGGUGCCCGGCUGCUGGUCCCUUUCCUCCUGCUAGUUUCCCCCCUUUGCACGUGCUGGUGGCACACGUGGACACGCACAUGGGGACAUUUCUGCCACC